AUGCUGUCGGCCGGAAAGAUGAAAUUCGACCUUAUUCUGGCGAACGUCAACUCGCCGGACCUCCACGGCUUCAAGCUCCUGCAGCAGGCCAUCGCCAUGGAUAUACCGCUCAUUCUGACAGGGGUCGAGGACAAUGGUUUCCUCGCGAUGCGCGGCAUAGAAAACGGGGCGUAUUUGUACCUUCGGAAGCCGAUAACAAAAGAGGUGGCCAUUUGCUUGUGGCAAUACGUGACGAAGGAGAAGAUACGGUUGGUUAGGGAGAAAGAGAGGGCAUUGGCGGGUCCCGGCUGCAAUGCUGCCCGAGGAGGGGUUGAGAUUCGGGAGCCGGGGCAGCCUGGGCAUGGAAAUUCCGGCGACGUGGCCGAGAUGAAUAAGGGGAAGUCUAAGAGGAAUGCUCGAAAAAGUGGUCGUGAUGGUGAUGGUGAUGAUGAUGAGGAAGAAGAUUGUGAGUUGUUUGGAUACCGUGGGGCGUUUAGCGGGAAUGUCAAGAGGAAGGUUUGCACGGAGUGGACUCAGGAGCUUCAUGAUAAGUUUGUGCAAGCUGUCGAAGAGCUCGGGGAAGGAAGGUGCUUCCCGAAGGAAAUUCUGGAUUUGAUGGACGUGCCGGGGCUGACGAGAAUGCAAGUGGCGAGCCACCUUCAGAAAUGUCGCAAUCAUAACUGGCGUGCCCCCGAGGAGCGCAGGUCCAACUCUGGAUCCCAGAACCCGACGGUCGACCCGACCCCCAGCAAGCCGAGGCGUUUUGGGUCCAUGCCCAAGAUUGCCGCCAAGACGAAGGCGGCGGCUUCGGCCUCCAAGGAGACGAGCCGUGGAGGAGGCACCACAACCCCGACUGCAGGGGAAGGCUCCAAGACUCCACCUGGAGGUUCCGACACGGAGGUCCAAAAUGGAGGUGGGGCCCACAAUGUGGAGGUUGCGCCUAUAACCGUGCCAGUUCCUGGCAGGAACACCAAUGAUUUUCCUCCCUAUCAUCCAGUUUUUGUGCCGAUAGGUCCUUUGCCCGGGAAUGUUGUCCCGCCUGCUGCUGCUACUGCUGCCGGUUCUUACCCGGUGAACAACCCGAGGAAUGUAUCGGAGGACUUUUUAUAUAACUUCAAUGAGAUGGACUACACCGGCCUGUCAUCGCAGGUGGUGGCUGCUGCGGCGGCAGCUGCCGGAAUGUUGGGUGGCAACAUUGCUAGCUCGAGCGGUGGCAGUAGCAGGUUUCAGUUUGAGGCGAUCUACCGUCAUCAUCUGGACCAGAAUGGUGGGGGCUCAAGCGCGGAUGGAAGGAGGCAGAGGAACCCGGGUGAGGCGUCUGCAAACUAUGGAAGCGACCAGGAUUCAGAGAUGACGCGCAGUGAUCCGUGA